AAAAAAUUAUCGAUUGGUGGUGCGCGCCAAAAAACGAAUUGGAGCUGCGGGUGGUGGUGGUUCGUUACUAUUCCUAGUAUCUGUUUGGUAAUUCUUCCCCUCCCUGUGGUAUUGUCUUCUCGAGCCCUUUCUUGUUUGUCGUUUAGACAAAAUGAGGGUGCCUAGGACAGUGGUAGCAACGCUGGGUCGGCGCCUGCUCGGCUCCGGGCUGGCGGCGCCUGGCCGGACUUACAGCUUGGAGACUGCAGGCCUCAGGGGGGCGCGUCCAGCGUCAUUCCGGACCGUGUCACGGCUGGGCUACGGCAGCCGGUGCUUCAGCGGAAGCUCGAGGCUGCGCGCCUUGACGGCCGCGCAGGCUGCACUCAAGCAGGCCCAGGAUGCAGCGAAGAGCCUCACGGCAGAGAGCGCGGCCGCCGCCAUGACCCCGCAGGAGGCGCUGAGGCUUUCACGAGUGCGCAAUAUCGGCAUUGCGGCCCACAUUGACAGCGGCAAGACCACCGUCACGGAGCGCGUUCUCUUCUAUACCGGCCGUAUCAAGUCCAUACACGAGGUCAGAGGACGGGAUGCCGUCGGAGCCAAGAUGGACUCGAUGGAGCUGGAGCGGGAGCGCGGAAUCACCAUCCAGUCUGCGGCCACGUUUGCCGACUGGAACAAGAAGGAGGACGGCGAGGAUGUCACGUACCACUUCAACCUGAUCGACACCCCUGGCCACAUCGACUUCACAAUCGAGGUCGAGCGUGCGCUGCGGGUUCUCGACGGAGCCGUCAUGAUCCUGUGCGCCGUCUCGGGCGUGCAGAGUCAGACCAUCACGGUCGACAGGCAGAUGAAGCGGUACAACGUGCCGCGCAUCAGCUUCGUUAACAAGAUGGACCGCAUGGGCUCCAACCCCUUCAAGGCCGUCGAGCAGAUCAACACCAAGCUCAAGAUCCCCGCGGCCGCCAUCCAGAUCCCCAUCGGCACCGAGAAGGAAUUCGAGGGCGUCGUCGAUCUGAUCUAUAUGCGAUCCAUCCGCACCGAGGGUGCCAGGGGCGUCAACGUCAGGGUGUCCAACUCGGUUCCCGAGGAGCUCAAGGAGCUGGCUGAGCAGAAGCGGCAGGAGCUCAUUGAGAAGCUGGCCGACGUCGACGAUGAAAUAGCAGAGCUCUUCCUCGAGGAGAAGACGCCGACGCCGGAGCAGAUCAAGGCGGCGAUCCGGAGGGCGACCAUCGCGCUAAAGUUCACCCCUGUUAUGAUGGGCUCCGCUCUCGCCGACAAGUGCAUCCAGCCGAUGCUUGACGCUGUCUGCGACUACUUGCCAAACCCGUCCGAGGUCGAGAACGUGGCGCUGGACAAGGCCAAGAACGAGGCCGUGACGGCGCUCGUGCCGUACCCGGCCAUGCCCUUCGUCGGACUGGCGUUCAAGCUGGAGGAGAACCCUUACGGCCAACUAACGUACAUCCGCGUGUACCAGGGCUCCCUGAAGAAGGGGACCAACCUGUUCAACUCGCGGACGGACAAGAAGGUGCGCAUUCCGCGCAUCGUGCGCAUGCACUCCAACGAGAUGGAAGACGUGGCCGAGGUCGGCGCCGGCGAGAUCUGCGCCGUGUUCGGCGUCGAGUGCGCGUCGGGCGACACCUUCACCGACGGCAACCUGCCAUACACCAUGUCGUCCAUGUUCGUGCCCGACGCUGUCAUGUCGCUGUCCAUCAAGCCCAAGCGCAGCUCCGACUCGGACAACUUCUCCAAGGCCAUGAACCGGUUCCAGCGCGAGGACCCGACCUUCCGGCUGCACGUCGACGACGAGUCCGAGGAGACCAUCAUCUCGGGCAUGGGCGAGCUGCACCUCGAGGUCUACGUCGAGCGCCUGCGUCGCGAGUACAAGGUCGACUGCGAGACGGGCCAGCCGCGCGUAGCGUACCGCGAGACCAUCACGCGGCGCGCCGACUUUGACUACCUGCUCAAGCGCCAGACGGGCGGCCCCGGAGACUACGCCCGCGUCGUGGGCUGGAUCGAGCCCAACUCGGAGGACGCCGAGAAGAACCAGUUCGAGACGCGCGUCGUGGGCGGCAACAUCCCCGACAAGUUCCUCUCGGCCUGCGGCAAGGGCUUCGACGAGAUCAGCGCCCGCGGCCCCCUGCUGGGCCACAAGGUGAUCGGGACCACCAUGGUCAUCACCGACGGCGCGACCCACGUGACGGACUCGUCGGACCACGCCUUCAACCAGGCGUCCCAGAUGGCCUUCCGCAAGGCCUUCCCCGACGCCGGCGGCCAGGUCCUCGAGCCGCUCAUGAAGACCACCAUCACGGCCCCGGUCGAGUUCCAGGGCGCCGUGCUCAUGCUCAUGAACAAGCGCGGCACCAUUGUCGACACCGAGGUCGGCGCCGACGACUUCACCCUGGUGGCCGACUGCUCGCUCAACUCCAUGUUCGGCUUCAGCACCCACCUCCGCGCCGCCACGCAGGGCAAGGGCGAGUUCAGCAUGGAGUUUAGCCACUAUGCCGCAGCGCCCAUGCACCUACAAAAGGAGCUUGUUGCCAAGUACGAGGCGGAGCUGGAGGCCAAGAGGACAAAAUAAACCAACACGAAUGCCUUGCGGCCAGGGGCAAAGCCCCAAUCUCAGAUGCGUAUGUCCACGAGGUAUCCGAUUGUAUAAAACAACAACAUGUACAAUACAAGUAAUAGACAUUCUGGGGGAAACGCUGGUCCCGGGGGUAAAAGAAAACAAGGUGGCCUGGCAUGCCUUGGAAGGGGAAAACCCCCAGGCUUGAUGAUCUGAUGCCCUUUUGAUGAUAGCAAAGACAGGCGGGAAAAGAAUACACGCAAAAGGACAAGUGGGCCAAAGACUCAUUGGUAGAUAGUCUGCACACAACAUCACAAAAGCAUAGAGAAAUCCUCGCUCAAAGUCACUUGCAUUUCUGCUCUAUUGGCUGCCGAGCUGUUUUGACCAAGCCUAUCAUAUCAACCUUUUCCUAUAGCCGAGAUGUAUACCAUGGAAGAAAAAUCCCAAGCCUUCAACCUUUUCC